CGGUUGUUACGAUUGAAAUUGAGAGAAUCCUGUGGACAUUUUCCCUCCCUGGGAUUAGGCUGAGUGAGUUGGCUAUAAAGAUUUGCCUUACAUAAUAGCUAGUAGCCUAAUUCAGUUAGAACUGUAAGAGCAAACUGUCUCAAAUAUAUGCUGAAAACGAAAGACAUAAUUUAAAAUAGCCUACAGUCUCGCAUAGUGGAAUAUUUUAUUUUCUCAUUGGAAAGGUGUCAAGUGUCAAUCGUUACGGAAAAUUGCGCAAACUAACAGCUACACUCAUUAUGUCAGUAGUAGGUAUUGAUGUGGGUUUCCAAAAUUGUUACAUUGCUGUUGCGAGAAGCGGCGGGAUUGAAACCAUUGCCAAUGAAUACAGCGACAGAUGUACACCGGCUUGGGUGUCUCUGGCCUCCAAAAACCGAACCAUUGGAAAUGCAGCCAAGGGUCAAAUUAUAACAAACUUUAAAAACACGGUCCAUGGCUUCAAGAAGUUCCAUGGCAGAGCGUUUGACGACCCAUAUGUCCAGGGGGAGAAACCCAAGUUGCCUUACAGCUUGCACAAGCUGGCCAGUGGCAACACUGGAAUCAAGGUCCGUUACCUGGAUGAGGACAAAGUGUUCACAAUUGAGCAGGUAACAGCAAUGUUGCUGACCAAGCUGAAGGAAACUUCUGAGAGCGCCCUGAAGAAGCCAGUUGUGGACUGUGUGAUCUCUGUCCCAAGUUUUUUCACCGAUGCAGAGAGGAGGUCUGUGAUGGACUCCACCCAAAUUGCAGGGUUGAACUGUCUGCGUCUGAUCAAUGACACCACGGCAGUGGCCCUGGCCUAUGGGAUCUACAAGCAGGACCUGCCCACCCCAGAGGAGAAGCCACGCAAUGUGGUGUUCGUGGACCUGGGACAUUCAUCAUUCCAGGUCUCCAUAUCAGCCUUCAACAAAGGCAAACUUAAAGUACUGGCCACAGCCUUUGAUCCCUACCUGGGCGGGCGUAACUUUGAUGAGGUACUUGUGGAGCACUUCUGCGAGGAGUUCAAGGCAAGGUACAAGCUGAACGUGAGGGAGAACCCCAGGGCUAUUCUGCGGCUGUCUCAGGAGUGCGAGAAACUGAAGAAGUUGAUGAGUGCCAACUGCUCUGACCUUCCCAUUAACAUUGAGUGCUUCAUGAAUGACAUUGAUGUGACAGGCAAGAUGAACAGAGUCCAGUUUGAGGAACUGUGUGCCCCAUUCUUGAUGAGAGUAGAGGCGCCAUUGAAAGCAGUUAUUGAACAAUCAAAGCUGAGCCGGGAUGAGAUCUAUGCAGUGGAGGUGGUAGGAGGAGCCACCAGGAUCCCUUCCAUUAAAGAGAGAAUCUCCAAGUUCUUUGGCAAAGAUGUCAGCACCACACUCAACGCAGAUGAGGCUGUGGCACGGGGCUGCGCUCUUCAGUGUGCAAUUCUGUCCCCAGCUUUUAAGGUGCGUGAAUUCUCCAUCACUGAUGUGGUUCCCUUUCCAAUAACCUUACGCUGGAAGUCCCCCACAGAAGAUGGAGUCGGAGAAUGUGAGGUGUACAGUAAGAACCAUGCAGCACCCUUCUCCAAAGUCAUCACCUUCCACAAGGACGAGCCCUUUGACUUGGAAGCGUUCUACAGCCUCCCACAGGAGCUGCCUUACCCGGACAUCAGGAUAGGGCAUUUUUCUGUUCAGAAUGUGGUGCCCCAGCCUGAUGGAGACAGCUCCAAAGUGAAGGUCAAAGUGCGCAUAAACGUGCACGGCAUCUUCAGUGUUUCCAGCGCCUCCCUGAUCGAGAAGCAGAAUGGUGAAGGAGAGGAUGUUCAGAUGGACAUGGAAGCCACUGUGCAGAAUGAAGGAAGGCCAGAGGACCAGACUAAAAUGCAGGUGGACCAGGAGGGUCAAGGCCAGGGGGACCAGCUGAAUGAGGACGCCAGCUCCUGCAGUAAGAACGGAGUACCUGGGGAGAAGCAGGACCCAGCAUCAGGGGGAAGCAAGCCUAAAGUAAAAGUGAAAAGCAUUGACCUUCCCAUUCUGGCCAACACUAUCAGACAGCUGGACAGGGGGGUGCUCAAUGACUUUGUGCAGUAUGAGGGCCAGAUGAUCGUCCAGGAUAAGCUGGAGAAAGAGAGGAAUGAUGCUAAGAAUGCUGUGGAGGAGUAUGUGUACGACCUGCGGGACAAACUGUGUGGCAUCUAUGAGAAGUACACCACGGAGGAGGACAGUAAUCGUCUGACACUGAUGCUCGAGGACACAGAGAACUGGCUUUAUGAGGAGGGAGAGGACCAAGCCAAACAGAUCUAUGUGGACAAGCUGGAAGAUCUCAAGAGGUUUGCCCAGCCCAUUCAUGACAGGCACAGGGAGCAGGAAGACAGGCCGAGGGCAUUUGAAGAGAUGGGCAAGAAGAUCCAACUUUAUAUGAAAGCUGUGGAGCUUUAUAAACAGAAGGAUGAGCGUUACCAGCAUCUGAAUGCUGAGGAGAUGAGAAACGUGGAGAAGUGUUUAAAUGAAAGCAUGGCCUGGAUAAACAGCAAGAUGAAUGCCCAGAGCCAACUCACCAUCGCCCAGGACCCAGUCGUCAAAGUAGCAGACAUAAUUUCCAAAAUACAGGAACUGGAUGAAGUAUGCAACCCAGUUGUCAACCGACCGAAGCCCAAAGCAGAGGAUGUGUCAGAGGAGAAUGACAAGAGCAAUGGGGCCCAUAACAGCCCAAGGCAAGGAGCUGGCGGGAGGGGAGCGGCAAAGGGUAGCAACCAGACAAAGCCUCCUUCAGCAGAGAUGGAGAUUGACUGAGCCCCUCUGCCAAAUAAGCUCUGCUACCAGCACUCUAGCUCCCAUCAGACCAUUUUGACAAGGUCUACCCAAACAUACAGUACAAAGUGUAUCCGGGACCAUUUUUCCAUGUCCACCACCACUCAAUGGGCUGUUUUGUGCAUUUGUAUUCAGAGUCCCCCUGUUCGAUUUUUUUCCUUUUGAUCUUUUUUUGACUUUCUCUAGUAUGUUACAACGGUGUGCUCCUCCCUCAGAGGUUAGACAAUACCUUAUAUAGUCAUUAACUGUAAGAUUAGAUAUAGAUGAAAACCAUGCUGGCUCUCCUGAAAACAGUUUUUCCUAACCAUACGUGUUUGCAUUUCAAAAGUCCCAUAAGCAUCAGAUCUCUAAGGUGACUCUUACUGCACAUAACCUUGUAGUGGAACAUAAGUAGAAUUACUGUCUGAACAAUCGCAAUGGCUAAUUAAACUAUUAGUAAAAUAUGUAUGCAAUAAUACAUAUUAUAUAUAUUUGUAUUUCAUAUAUGAAUUUGAAAGGAUGUAUGUAUGCCUAGAUACUGUAAAUAUUAUUUUAGUAAUUUAAACUGGCCAGUGCCUAUAGUUGUGUAUAUAGAGGAUACAUUCCUAGUGUUGUUAGCAAAGAGAGAAGAGCAAUGGGCUGGAUGCCUAUUCCUUUACUUAUUUUCAUGCAUUUCCAUAUUUUGAGUCAUGACAUUUAAAGACGGAAAGUAAUAAAUGUAUAAAUAAAUAAAUGUAUGCACUCACUAAUGUAAUUCGCUCUGUAUAAGAGUGUCUGCUAAAUGACUAAAAUGUAAAUGCGUUAUUUGUCUUUAAGACAAACAUUGUACUAUUUCAUUCCCGAGAGGCGCAGCGGUCUAAGGCAAUGCACCUCAGUGCUAGAGGUCACUACAGACCCCUGGUUCGAUUCCAGGCUGUAU